GCUCGAAGGUGAGCACCUGUUGCUCGGUCGAUCUGCACCGCGUGUAUAUGUGUAUUGCUGGUGUUUUGUUGUUUUGGAUUUUUUUUCUUCUCUCCAUUGCUGGUCUCUGCAGCGGAGUAGCAGCUUCCGAAUCGCGAACUUGGGGUACCUCUACCUGCCGAUCGCAUAAUCACCGUGUCGCGAGUGCACCGAUGGCGAUGUUGCGCGGACAUUUUUCCUCAUCUUGAACCGCAACCGUGGGUUUCUUCGCACCGAUCGGGAUUUUGUUUUGCUUCUCGUUUUCCGUUUAAUCAUUCAAUUAUUGGUAAUUUGUUUGCGGAAGAUUGCGAUGUGAAAACGCAAGAGAGAAGAAAACAAAACUAAACAUUAUAAUCGAGUGUAUGACGUGCGGCCGUCGAAGUGUAUGUUGGCGAAACGAAAUUGAAGAUGUAGGAAGGAAUAAUCAGCACUAAACGAGAGUUCCGAGCGUUUGUGGAAAUCAGAACGAAGGUUCUUCUAGAAGGACUGCAAUUUUUAUUGCCGAAAGUGAGUGUUCGAAUAACUCAGAAACUCAACGAAGUCAGUCAGUGAGCAAUUUAGGGUCGAAAGAAAUAAAAAUCACUGUGCGGAGGGGAGAAAUGUGUGAAUCUCGGCGGUGAGGGUUUAGAAACGCUUACGGAAGAAUGCUGUAGCGGUUAGUUCAUUGUUAUAUGAAGCCCACGACCAGCUCAGCAUUUCGCGGGUCAAUGACGCGCGUCACCUUUUACCACUGACGUUGAGGACGCGCUGGAUGUGUAUAAUUUGCUGCCGUUGUUAAACAACACCCCUUCGGUAUCUGGGUGGAAAGUGCUACACGGUUGAAGGAUAACAUAUGUGGAGUGUUGUGAAAACUGUGCAUUGAGCUGAGGGUGAGAUACAAAGUGUAAACGUGCUCAAACCACCCUGGGGAUCCAGCUUCUAUUCGUUACGUCUCUCUGUUUCGAUUGGUGGUGCGCUAUGGCUGGCGAAAAGUAGCAAUAAAAAAUUAAUUAGUGAACUCCUGAAUCGGCCAGUGGAGGAUAAAGAUCCCGAGGCGCCCCGCAGUUGGGAAGCAGAACCUGAAUCGAGUGAUCCGUAUUAUGCAAGCAAAUUCUUUUUGAUCCCUUAGCGUUUUUAUCAGUGCUCCGGUCGCGGGUGCUUCAUAGACAACGAACGAGCGAACGAACGAACGAACAAGCGAAAGAACAAACAAACGAAGGCAACAAGUUCGGUUUCGAAUCCCACAGUCAGAGAGCGGAUUCGGGCUGGCGGUGCAACAUAUUCGGAUCUCGAAAGCUGCCCGAAAAGUGAACUCCGGAAUCAGUUAAUUGGAUUAAAUUUUGUUAAUGAUGGCACACCGGCCGUGAUCCUGACGCAUCAUGCGUUUGUUCAAAGUCAGAAAAUUUCCAGACCCCCCAUUUGCAUCCCCAGAGUCAGUUCCAGAAGCGAAUCUCGCAGCCACAAAUAGCUCGUUGCCGGUAGCAGCCGAUCGAGCGUCCCGUAAUGAUAUUAUUAUUUCGAGUUGUAUCCCAGCAAAUCCGAUUCCCAGCAGUUCGGAAGCAGUGCCAUUGAAAUCGGCAGGUUCCAUCGCAACAGGAAAUCCUACUGCACCGGUGACCAAUGACGAUGGCCUGCAGCGGCAGCAACUACUGCGACAUCCAUCAUCAGCGACAACCUCGGCCGUGAUAACCUCAUCGAUUUCAUCGGUGACCACCGGUUCCACGGCGGGUUCACUAUCGAAGCCGACACAUUCGGUAGGAACCAACGCGUACGAACCACAAUUUGCGAAUGAUAAAAUUAGCACAAUUAAUAACAAAACCGAGAAUAUUAGAUUAUUAUCGGAGAAGCCACGCAAUCUGGGUACCGCCGGCCCCCCAGUUGGUGUGGGUGUGGGUGUGGGCACCCUGAGGUUGUCACCAGAGCAGCAGAAACAGAUGCAUCAACAGCUCCAGCCCGGACAGCAUCCGUUGGAGUUGCGGUUUCAACAGCAUCAGCAACAGCAGCAGCAUUCACAAUCCAAUAAAAUAAGCGCAAUCGGAACCCUGAUUGGCAGGAACGGAAUUGGCCCACUACCAGGUUAUAAGGUGGUCACCGCUGUUCCAGCCAUGGUUUUGGACGACGAGCCACCCACGAUCGCCACGCCGUUGACGGUGAAGGAAAGCAAAAAUGUGUUUACAUGGGGACGAAAAAUGGGCAAGAAGUUCGAUCUGCUGCGACGCGGUAGUGACGCCCAGAAACUUCCAGUGACUCCGUCUUCUCCGGUUCGCACGCCCACUUGUGUGUCCAUUUUCAACACCGACACUAUCAAAAAAGGUAAAACGAUACCGCUGAAGGCGUACCAGCCAGGAAAUGAUUCCUUGGGGAAGCUAAACAGCGAGCGUUCUUCCGGGACGUUCAAAAAUUUCUUCUACCGGAUGGGAUCCACCGGAAUGUUGAAUCAUCGGUCGAAUCAAGUUCAGAAGCAGCUACAGCAACAACCGCAACAGCAAGAACAACAGCACCAGCAACAGCAGCACCAAGACAAUCAACAUAAUUCGUCACCUCAGCGCACUGGUUUUACUGGAAAAAAUAAAAUGGAUAAUCACUCGGUGCUGUACCGCAGCAGCUCGACAAGUCAGCUGAACUCGUCGUCCUACAUCAAGUGUGACGAUCCUACCGAGGGCAUAAAUCUUGCCAACAGUAAUCACAAGAACGCCUCUAGCAGUACAAAUCUCAACAUGUCGCCCAUGAAUCAACCAAACUCGAAACAAUCGUCUUCGGCCAAGUCCUCCAGUUGUGACGAUAUAGCAAGAGUGGCCGCAUCACAGGAUCAGUUGUCUAAGAAAAAUCACUUUCCGUACGCUUUUCUUCGGUCAAAGUUAUCGGUUCUGCCAGAGGAGAAUGGCGGCUCUGUUCUAAACUACAAUCGAAUUAGAGAAAAUUUGUUACGAUCUGGAAACCGCGGAUCGGUCAUCAGUUUGCGUUCGGAGUUGGAUAACAUUUCAAUAACCGACUCACAGUUGAACAUUUCCGAUCACGGGGAUCAUUCGUAUCAUUCGGGAAAUGAUUCAAAAUCGUUGAUAGUGUGCGAUCUGGACACUGUGUCCAGAAAUAACUCCGUGAAGACCCUAACCGACGAGCAAAGCUACGCGGGUAACUACCAAAGACUGAGCAGUUGUCUCAGCAGUAAUGAGUCUGGCUAUGAUAGUGACGGUCGCCAUGCCGAAGAUAAGAUGGACGAAAAUGGGUCCAACUCGGCAGCGAACAGUUUGACACUGCAGCAUGGUUCAGCAAGUGUGGAUUCGUACGCGGAUGCCAUACGCAAUAAGGAUCAAUCAUACAUGUUCGGGAGCCGACGGCGGCUGUCCUCUACAAGCUCGAUCGCCUCCGUGCAGAACAUGGAUUGCAGCGCGAUCAGACGACGCUUUCGACAAAUCAAACUGGAGAAGCAACGGAUGGAUGAAGUUAUCGGCAUUGAACUUACGCCACAGACUGUUGGUAUGGACGAAGGGGACUGCGAAACGAGGUACCUAGUGACGGAGAUCGACCCAGAAGGAAUUGCCUACAGAGACGGGCGGCUGCGGAUUGGUGAUGAGAUUGUCAACGUAAACGGGCACCAUUUACGUGGUCUGCAAUCUCCCAGUACGGUACAACGCAUACUAUCAACAUUCGUUAACAAUAUUGUAGACCUUGUCAUUGCGCAUGACGAGCUAACUACGUUCAACACCGACCUGCACCGGAAAAUCAAGAUUGACGCCAGCGCAAGCAAGCAUGUCAGCGAGCUGGAAGUCAAUAGCGGAGGUACCGGUGCGGACGGAUCCAUCACAACCAAUGGCAAUAACCCAAAACAGCAGCCUGGCCAGGGGUCAGGAUGCACGACACUGAUCAACUGUUCAACGCCAAAUGCGACCGGAUGCAUCAAACAGCAGCCGUCAUCGAAGGCGACUUUCCCCAUGUCAUCAAUAAACUCACCGACGGAUUACGUUCCGGUGUAUGCAAAUCGGAUCUCGAUUUCCAACACCAUCUGUGACGACGAGAAGUGGCAAAUGUUGAGCAGGCAGCGGAGUGAGGCGCUGGUUCGGAAUGGAUACUCACAAAUCCUUGGUGCGAAACGAGUGAUCAAAGAUAGUGAUGAAGACGUCAUGAUUGUUACGCAUGGGGCCCGCAACGGUGGCCAAUCAAGUGAAGCAGGACUUCACACGCUUUAUCGCCCAGUAUCCCAAGGUAAUCUCAGCCGUCAUUCCUCGAUUGCUCACUUGGCUGAAGGCAGCAAUGACGAUCACGAUAGCGGUGACGCCAGUUCGGCUCGACCAAUCACGAUGAUUGAGGUAAUUUCGGACACCAUCCGGAGGAAUGUACCCUUCGGUAGCGUUAGUAAAAGUAAUCGACAGGCAAACCUUGACUAUCGGUCAAUCAAAAUCAAGAAGCCAGAGGAUAUUCCAAAGACUGUACAGCGAAUUCGGCUGAAAUCCUGCGACGAUACAAACAUAGUGACCAGUUUAGACACGGGUCACGAAGCUGCUGAUUGCUCCAGCACACUUGUGGACGACGGAGCAGCGCUUCAACGAUCCAGAACGGUGCAGAGCAUCAGCGGACGAGAUGAGCUGGACGGUUCGAUCGAUGGAUCGAAGUCCGAGUCCUGUGUACGGAUUCUGAUCAACGACGAAGGGUCGUCGUACAUCGAAGGAAUUCACAAAUGCUCAUAUCUUACGGUCACUUACUAUAAAGGUACCGGUAUGAAAUCGCUUGGUUUCAGCAUCGUCGGUGGGAGAGACUCUCCGAAGGGAAACAUGGGUAUUUAUGUGAAAACGGUCUUCCCCAGUGGACAGGCUGCGCUUGAUGGUAACCUUAUAGCUGGUGAUGAAAUUGUUUCCAUCAAUGAUGUGCCGGUGCUCGGAAUGAGCCACUCGGAGACCAUUGGACUGUUUAAAAAUAUAAGGGAGGGACCGGUUAUGUUAAAGCUGGCCAGACGAAAAUACCAACGCGCCAAAUCCGUGGAUAUCCUUCCAAACUAAACUAAUCUUAUGUGGCACCCUAGCCGAGUCUUUCAAUCCCUAGGCUGAAUACCAAGAUGUCUUUCCACGUUUCAACUCUGAAUGUAAUUCUUUCGAUUUCACUGGCUUUACGAUGCCUCCGGGGUGUUUCGUUUCGACACAAAUUAGCCGUACGGCUCUUGCACUUAAUUCUAGUCACUGUCGUGUACUUAAUGUAGCAAUUGGAAGUAGGUUUCAUCUCGUUACGACUGCAAUAGGUUUUUUUUAGAGUAAGCUAUUUUUUGUCGUAAGAUUGUAAUGGAAAAGUUUAAUUACUGCAUCAAAUGUCGUGAAAUUUCAUUAAUGUAAAUUUACAGUGCACAUUUACAACAGAAUCAAUAAUACAAAGAAUAUACAGCAAUUGUGUACAAAACUUUAUUAAACUAGAUGGAAACGUAAAUAAACAGAUUUCACCACCGUGUUUGCAAAUCGUCA